AUGCAUUGCUUUUCUGCUGAGCUGGAGCCGUCUAUUCCCGUCACAGAACAAAAACUGGCAGACCGAGUUCGGUACAUCAUGUGCUCGAAAAUAUUUGAUGAUGCCGAGCUCGAACGACUACGACGUGAGGCCAUUCUCUCAUCGAAUGAAUUGGCUACUAUUGGGGAUGCGGCUCCUCAGGCGACAGACCAGCUGCCACGCGUAGAAGCCGCCGUGGAUCUUCCAGUUGUGGUUGAUUCAGACGAUGAUGAAAUGGUCUCCCACGAACUAGAGCAAAUGAGGAGUAUAUUGGAAGAGGCGAUUUUCGAAACGCGCAGCAUGCCUCUCGAAAAUCGACCGCAACUUCUCCGCAUACCACUAAGCAAGCGAAAUCGGGCUUUCGCGAGGGCUCUUGACCCAAUGCUGGUAACCUAUUUGGUAGCCAGCCGAGACCUUUCCGAGACGGACUCAGUUCUUUUUGGCGCCGCAGUGGCAGCUUGCCGUAUUAUUGGCGCCAAACUUCCCAUGGCUGGACGCGCUACUAAACAAAGUAGUGCCAUCCCAGCCUGGAGAAAAAGAAUUGAGGACCGUAACGCAAAGGCAAAAGCCCUUAUCAGCAGACUGAUAAGCUUCAGGUCGGGUAAUAAUAGACCGAGGGUUAUGCGCACCGUUAGAAUGGCGUUUGCUGGGACAAAUAUCAGUUUGUCCCAGCCGGAUAUCACGCAGAAACUAACGGAGCGCAUAGACGACCUGAAGCAAAAGAUUGCUGCUUGGGGGAAGCGGAUUUGCCAAUUUACCGAGAAGUCAAGGCAGUUCAACCAGAAUCGUCUCUUCCAGAGUGAUCAGAAGAGGCUCUACAAAUCAUUGGAGCGACCAGAGGUAUGUGGAGCGGGCCCAGGACCGGAUCAGGCUAACACUGUCGCAUUUUGGCGUGGCCUGUUGUCAGAGCCCGUAAACCACAGCGAGGGCCCUUGGACGGAAGUUGUAGCGAGUCAGUGUGUGAGUAUUACGCCCAUGGACCCCGUCAUCAUAACGCCGGAUGACGUAGCUGAGGCGAUCCGUAGAGCCCAGAACUGGAAAAGUCCGGGACUUGACGGACUGCAUCACUACUGGCUGAAGGGGUUCAUGGUGUGUCACGCUGUGCUCGCCCGUCAGUUUCAAGAGGCUCUCAACCAGAAGUCGCUCCCAAGCCUCUUCACUACUGGGAUCACUCAUUUGGUUUCUAAAGACCAGUAA